UAAUUAAAAAAUAACUGAAAUAAUUUAAUAAAAAAAAAAAAAGUGAUGAUGCAGUGUAUGCUAAUAUUAUUUUUUAUUUCUUCCACGUGGGCGAGUAAUUCAAUUGACUCGUGGAAUUCACCACCGAAUUGUGGAGCUUUAAAGGCCCAACAGGACUUUGAUCUUGACAAGAUAAUGGGCAAGUGGUACGUGGUAGAAAUUUUGGAACAUAAGCCGAUACCGGACCAGGAAAUAGGUUCAAGAUUGGUUCUAGAUAAAUGUCCAAUAAUCAGACUGCGAUUUGACGAGAGAGGGUACAUCAGGCUGUUAUGGAGCGAGGAGAAGGGUCAAAUCGAAUACACUUUCAGCCUCCCAAACUCCAAAAUAAACGGAGUCUGGAAUUCGGUAGUCAAGCAAAAUGGAUCACUGAUUGGAAAGUCUUACCUUCAAUUCGACGGGUCAGUCUUGGUGAUGAAGGCGGUGGCGCAGCACGUUCUCUUGACGUUUUGUUCGGAGAAUAUCGACUUCCAGUUAUACUCAGUCCUGAUGGGCCGUCAGCACAUUUUGGAGAAGAGCAGCAUCACAGGCAUCCACAACCUGUUGAAAAGACGAACUCUUCACAUCUCGAGCACCAGAUCAACUUGCGCAAAGGGUCAAGGAUCAACCUCCGCAAGCAAUGCAUACCUAACUCUCUACACAGCUUCUACUUUAUUUAUCAUCAGCUUUUAUAUAUCACGCCCCAGCCACUGAAUCUGCGGCAUAGACGAUAAAUAAUUAGCUGAAUUUAAUUAAAACUUAUACAUAAAUUCAAAAGUAUAAAUAAAGUGAACCUAGUCUA